UUCCAGGUACUAAAAGAGCCGUGUACCGAAAAUGGCAUUGAGCAAGUGAAAAAGAGACGUGCGGUACCGCAGCGAUGGCGGUGGAGCGGCAUCGGUGCUUGUGCGUCGUGGUGCUACUCAUACACACCGUCACAGGCGCUGGAGAAGGUCCGUCGCCUCUCCCUUUGCCGUCCCCGUCGCCGUCUCUAAAAUCGUACGACAACGAGUUGACUGUGACGUUUCCACCUCUGGACGACUUGUACAGCAACACGCCGGAGAAGCACUUCGGCACUGAGAACAACACGCUGGUGACAUCACAGACCGGGUCCACGGCGCUGCUGCCGUGCGUUAUUAGGAACAUAGGAGAUGGCAUUGUAUCAUGGAUAAGGAGAAAGGACUAUCACCUUUUAACAGUAGGCCUAACUACCUAUAGCUCGGACCAAAGGUUUCAAGCUAUACAUUUGCAGCAUUCUGAGGACUGGACGUUGAAAGUGCGGUUCGUCCAGAAAAGGGACGCGGGUAUCUACGAAUGCCAGGUCUCCUCCCAUCCGCCUACCAGCAUAUUUUUAAGAUUGGAAGUCGUUGAGGCGAGGGCGCAAAUUUCCGGACCCACGGAGAAGUAUCUGAAGCCUGGCUCCACCCUGAGGCUACAGUGCUCCGUGGUACAGACGACGGAGGCACCCGCAUUUGUGUUCUGGUAUCACAAUAGCAGAAUGAUAAACUAUGACGCGGAGCGAGGCAUCAACGUCACCACCAACCCGGCGGAGAGGCUGUCUGACCUGCUUAUACCAGCGGCAAGCGUGUCUCAUGCUGGCAACUAUACUUGCGUGCCGAACAACGCAGUGCCAGCUAGUAUAUACGUGCACAUAUUUAAUGGAGAAAAUCCAGCAGCCAUGCAGUCAUCAUCACCCAGCUUCACCCAUCUGAACCUCAACGGUCUUCUGCUACCAGCGCUACUCUCAUUCCACAUCACACGGUGACAGUGUUAGGCGAAAACCUCACAUAACACCUUAGACAUAAGAUCCGAACUCGUCUGGAGCGAUGCGUUUUCUAUUCCUCUUUUAUGACGCAAUAACUUUGUAUACCGACAACAGUUGUAGUACAUUUUCAGUGCAGUUGGCCCCGAGACUUUAGAGAAAGUAAUUAUAAGUAAACGUUCUCAGUGAAGUUAGUUAAGAGGGGGGGGGGGGGGGGGGGGGGUUGAAUGUGCAUCAAUAAAGUAAGUUCCACGUAGUGAACUUAAAUUGUUCGUUAAAUACUUUGACGGGGAAAUUUCGUCGUUUCGUUCUAGAAUGUGUGACUAACUAUUGUAUCUAACGCUGUCUCUUAGUGCUCAGACUCUGACACUGAAUUUUGUUAAUUUCCGAGUUAAAGCUUUGUGCAUCAAAUCGAAGGAGAUAAUGCAAAUAGGUUAUAGGGUGGCACAAAAGUAAUCACUUUAUCGGAAGAUGUUGUAUGUUUUCCAUGAACUAUGUAACGUUCGUACUCAAGACGUCUCGGACCCUUACAGGUUCCGGGUUCAAGAAAAUCUCGUCAUUCAUCAUCAUCAAUAAUAAUAAUAAUAUUUCCAACAUUCACACUAAUUAGCCUAGCCCCAAAGUAAGCACUGUAAGGCUUGUGUUAUGGGAUACUAGAGUAACGGACAGAAUACAUAUACUGUAUAUAUAUGUGUAUAGGUAUAUUUAUAAAGAAAUGCAUAAUAACAAAUAUGUACCCCCAACAUCUGCCCCCACGGGUAUUUGGACCCGGGACCUCUCGAGUCGGCGACAGUCAUGAACCAAAAUACUCGGCCACGGAGGUAAUCGUCAAUCAUUAUUUUCGAAUUAGUUUUGAACAUUUCCAAACGAUAUUGAUAAAAAAGAAAUGCAUUUUCAUUCAAUGUAACUUUCCGUCCGAAUUAAGAGAUUAAGGAAAAACGCUUUCUUUUUCGUGUGUUUCUCCGUCCUUUCCUUCUGAGGACGAAAAUCUCUUAGUAGCAAAAUUACACAUUCAUUCAUCACAAUUGGCUCUUUCGUUCAUUGAUAUUUACAACAAAAAUAAAAGAACCGCUGAACCUUUUUUUUCCUUUCUAUUUUGUGUAUUCAAUUUAAUGGUAACCUUUCUGCUAAACACCAUUCCUAUUUCUUCGCGAUAUUUAUGUGCCAUUCCAGUGGUUUGUUUAAUUUUGUGAACUGCUACAGUUAGGUAGUUGUCCGGGAAAAUAAUAGUGAAUAACGAACUUAAGGGGAGAGUAUAAAACUUUAUUAUAUCUUUGUGCCGAGCACUCUGGGUUAAUUUACUUGAACAUCGCUAACUGGUUC